GUGUCACCGGCACGCCCGUUUCACUUAAAAGGGAGCAUUUGUCACCCUCUAGAACUACUCAUUCUACAAGUGGCUGGAUCUUGGACUGCAGACACAGUCAUGGCAGGGAUCUUUUCCUAUGAGAGCUCGGAGGUGGACUGGUGUGAAGACAACUAUCGGCAUUCUGAGACAGUGGUUGAAUUUUUCAAUACAAUGAGCAAUCUCGUGUUCUUUGUGGUCUCCCCCAUGAUGCUUUAUCUGCUGCACCCUUAUGCCAGGGAACGAAACCUGGCCGUGCAUCUUGUUUGGAUCAUGAUGAUCUUUGUCGGUCUGUUUUCUAUGUAUUUUCAUAUGACACUGAGCCUCAUGGGGCAGUUGCUGGAUGAGCUCUCCAUUUUGUGGGUGUUAGCCGCUGGCUACUCCCUCUGGUUUCCACGUAGGCAUUUCCCCUUCUUCAUCAAGGACAGGUCACAUUUCUCCUGCGUGGUUCUAGGGAUAACAGUGAUCACCACAGUGUCCUCCUUCUUUAAGCCAGUCGCCAAUGCUUACGCUCUCAACUGCUUCGCCAUACAUGUCGUCUACUCAGUAGUGUUGGAGAUGCGCAUUUGCACAAACCCCAAGGCAUUGCGAUUGGCCCGCCAAGCUAUUGGCUUGUGGGUCCUUGCGAUCUGCUGCUGGAUCAGUGAUCGCUUCGGCUGCAGCUUCUGGCAAAAGAUGAACUUCUGCUACCUGCACGCAAUUUGGCAUAUCCUGAUUGUGAUGGCCACAGCCUAUGGAACCUCCCUGCUGUCCUACCUGGAUGCCCACUAUGAGAUCCCGUAUUCUCAGCCAGCUCUACAGUACUGGCCAUGUGAAAGCUGGGACUUAGGCCUGCCAUAUGUCGUACUCAAGGGCCCAAUCAAGACAAAGAAAUGCUGCUAGCGAACUCAUUGUGUGUGUGAGGGGGUGAUGAGAGGAAGUCACUCCUUUGUAAUUGCUGUGCAUAACCACUGAAAGUGACUUUUUUUCUUUCCUUUAACUGUUUUAUAUAUCUAUUAUAUGUUUGUGUGCUGACAGAGUUAACUCAGGAAUGGGAUUCUGAAUAGUAGUAAAUGCAUAUAUGAGUUAUUUAUUUAGUUAGUAUGUGACUGAACUACCUUGUGAGUGCUACAGAGUAGGGAUAUUCAAAUGCGGUCCCCAAGGCCAGUAGUACUGCUGGUUUUCAUUCUUCCCCUCUAAUAUAGGACUAAUUUAAACCUGGGGUGGCAGGUCAGUUCAUCUGGCCAAUCGGUGACAUUAAUUGAUCAAUUAGCUACCAGGCAGAAAAGAAAACCAACCUCAAGGGCCAAAUUUGAGUAUCCCUGCAAUAGAAAAUUCAUAUAGGAUUUAUUCCACAAUUUGCUUUGGGGCUCACAUUGGGUUUCAGUAUGAAAAAGAACUUGUUUUCUCAAUGAAGGGAACUUGUUUUCUCUGCAGUGAUGUCUCUCGUGGUUCAGAAAACUUUCCUGACCAUGCCUAUGCUGACCGUGAUUGAAAGUGUCAUGGUGUGGCUCACAAUUGGCCAUAACAUCACCCGUGGAGGAAGGUUUACAUAGGGUAUUCCCAACUCAUGAUGAGUAGUAACUUCUAUAGAUGACGAGGCACGUCCAGUCUGCCUCAGUCUUCAGCCACAGAAGAUGUACAGCCCUCCAGCACUGUGGCAAGGCAGCUCAACUGGUGCUCUGCAGAGUGAAAAGAAGUGGUAUAUCUGACUGUUCAUGUUUCAGAGGAUGUGCAUACAAACCUCUUAUCUUUGGAAGGGGCAGGGGAUUGUUGCAGUAAUGGGAAGAUCCUUGUUUAUUAUUAUUAUUAUUA